UCUUCCCGGAACUUCCUGUGUCCUGAGCUUGUGGAUGGCGUCACAGCGAACCUGAGCAGCCUUGUGGACCUUGACAAUGGCCAAGAACAAAUUAAAAGGGCAGAAGUCCAGGAAUGUAUUUCAUAUAGCUAGCCACAAAACUUUCAAGGCUAAAAACAAGGCAAAACCAGUUACUACUAAUCUUAAGAAGAUAAACAUUAUGAAUCAUGAAAAAGUCAACAGAAUGAACAGAGCUUUUGUAAAUAUACAGAAAGAACUUGCAAACUUCUCCAAAAGCCUUUCUCUUAAAUCUGUGCAGAAAGAGCUGAAGCACCGUGAAAAUGAACCAGCUAAUGUUGAUGAAGCGACACAACUAAUGGCUCAGUUGUAAUACAGAGAAAGUGCAUCACAUUCCCCCAAAGAUCAAUAAAUUCAAUGUUUCAUACAA